AUGAGCGCGUCACCAGCUCAGCUACCGUCAGGGCCAAACUCGGUCACGCCGACUACCGGUGGUCCGCCCGCGCCAGUCGUGCGCAGAAAGCCGGCCGUCAACAUCUUCAACAGCAAGAAGAAGCCCCCAGUGCGCAAGGCGCCUCCUCCCGCACAGCAGAAACCCACUCCAGCAGGACGAGCACCAAAUCGAGCCCCUGCACAAGCAUCGACAAAUGGCGCGACCAAUGCAGCUCCUCCAGCUGACGAUCCCAGCGCCUACGAGGAAUACCCCAUCUACAUCAUGAAGGACCCAGCAUUGACCGGCGGCCAGCGGUUCCACGUCGCCAAGCUGCAGGCGAAGAUUGAUGAGCAGACCAAAGAAAGCGUGCUGGUGAGCCCAUUCGACGAGAAGGACCUCGUGCGGCCUCUACGCCUGCAUCGUCGAUUUGCACGGGACAAGAUGGAGGUUGAGCAGUCAGACGCAGCGGGCGCGGACGACAAGGAACGAGAGCUGAUGAGCGCGCGACGAGCCGAGCGACAAGCGGAACGAGAAGAGAAUCAGAAACUCAUUGCGCCGAGCGGAGGUGACCCAGCCAAGGCCGGCAAGAAGAAGCCGUCCAAGAAGGUCGAGGAAGGUCGCGAUGACAGCAAUCCUGUCCGACAAAAGAGGUCACAGCUACGAUACGAAGAAGCUCGCCCGUGGCAUCUCGAGGAUUUCGAAGGCAAGAACAUCUGGGUUGGCAGCUACGAACAGGCAUUGUCGGAGAGAAGUAUGAUGUUCAGGGUUGAGGAUGGUGGCUUCCGCGUGGUGCCCCUCGAGAAGUGGUACAAGUUCACGCAAACCAACAAGAUCAACGCCAUGGACCCCGAGGAGGCCGAGAAGCACAUGGCCAAGAAGUUCAACGUUGGCAGGUGGGCCAUGAAGACACAGCCCGGUGGUGUUGGCGUGAAGUCCGAGGAGCAGGUGAUGCAGCGUCGGCCCAUGCGGAUGUCGCGUGACGAAGAUGACGGGCCUAUAUGGGGAGAUGAUAAUGGCGACUUUCAAGCUGAUCGUGACAUGCUGGACAUGGAGUUCAACGACGAGUUCCAGGACGAUGACGAGGGCGCGCUGUUCCAGGAUAUCGAGGGUGAAGAUGGCAAAGAGAUCGAAGCGAGACUGCGACUCGAGAUGCGUGAAGCAGGUCUUGGCGGCACAGGUGUCAAGGAUGAGGAGAUUGAUACCUAUGAGGAGGAACGUAAGAAGCAGGAGGCCGAGCAGGCAGAAGCCAAGAAGCAGAGACGUGCGAGGAGGCUACUCAGAAAGAACGAACAUCAAGCGCAGUACGACACGGAUGACUCAGAGCUCGAUCCUUACGCUUCUGAGGACUCGGAAGAUUCCGACGAGGAGCGGGCGAGGGAAGAAGAGCAGAAAAAGGAAGAAGCGAAGAAGAUGCUGAACGGCGAGAAAUCUGGCGCAUCAUCCCGCGGCACCAACACACCAAGCGGUCGUCCAGAGAAGCGCACAAAGCGUCCAGGUUCAGCCGAUGCUUCAGAGGCUAGUGGCAACGAGUCGAGUCGAAAGAGAGUCAAGGGCGCAAACGGCGCCGCGAUCCCAGCGACGCAAGGCAGCGGCCGAUCACUUUCGCCCGACGCCGCAAAGUCCUCACGUGCUGCCGGCAGUGGCAGUGAUACCGACACAUCACGCCAAGCCCGCACGAAGCUCAAGCUCAAGAACAGCCCGCCAGGCUCACCAUCCACGGGCACACCUGCUGGCUCCCGCGCUGGCUCGCCCGCACCUGGAGGCAAGCCGAAGGCCAAGAAACCUGCCGAGCCUGCGAAGCCCUUUCCGACCUUGGAAGAGAUCCGCGUUGCCAUUCCUGCACAGGGUAUUGAAGUCAAAGAACUGCUGCAUAUCUUCAGACCACGCUUGGGGCAGAGAGGCAAGGAGUUUAUUGCUUUGGUCAAGCAGGCUGGAACUACGGACAAGAGCACUGGACGUGUCAUUCCGAGAGCGUAG